AACUUUAGGAAAAACUCUAGACAUACUUUAGAAUCAUUUUGUCAGUUUGUGCCAUAAAACAUAAUGGUUCGUGAUUUACGUGAACUGAAUUUAAUGAUAACCCCAAAUUGAUCGAGAUUAAGUAGAUUCUCCGAAACGCUGUCAGUGAAAGCCAUGGUGAUGAUAAAGUGAAAAUAAAACAAAAAUGACAAUGUGCAUUAUGGAGUGACAGUGACAUAUGAUUUGUCAGUCGUCAUGUCGUCAUAUAGAAUUAGUAGGUACUCGUAGGUAGUACCUACCUAUAAAUUGAACAAAUUGGGUGUGUAAAUCAAAUAGCUUGUUGAACACUAUGGAGCCACAGAGAACGAAAAAUGCUUCAGAGGGAAUUGCACCCAUUGGAAUCUCUUCCUUGACCGAUGCUGAUCUUCUUAACCAGCCCGAAUCACGAUAUGAAUGUCCAAUGUGCCUUAACUGGCUCCGAGACCCUGUUAUCACCACAUGUGGACACAAGUUCUGCAAAAGCUGUAUCACUCCUUGGAUCCAGAGCAGUGGUCACUGCCCCAUAGACAACAUAAACCUGAGCAUGAAGAUCGACAUAUUCCCUGACAACUAUACCAAGAGGGAGAUCCUGGAGCAGCGGCUGGGUUGUCCAUAUGCUAGUAAAGGAUGCACCGCCAAGGUGAGCCCGCUGGAGCUGGACGAGCACGUGGAGUCGUGCGCGCAGCGCGCGGCGCACGCGCAGCCCGCGCUCUGCGCCUUCCGCGCGCUCGGCUGCCGGGAGACCUUCCAUCGCCAGCAGGACAUGCACGAACAUUUGGACACAAACACGCAGAAACAUUUGAGUUUACUAAUGAACGCAUAUUCCGAGCUGAAAAUGAACAACGACAUGGCGAACGCCAACACCGACGCGAAGGAACAAGAGGCCAUGACUCUGUGGGAAGCCCCGGACAAGAACGACCCACAGUCCUCAACGGCGCCUCUCAAUAAUACUAGUGCGCUUAUAAGAUCCGUGUUUGAGCGUGUGGUUAUACUGGAGCAACGUAACCGUGAACAGGAUAUUAUAAUCGCCAAUCUCACCAAGCAAGUUUCGACUAUAUCGGCGCUGAUGAAACACAACAACGUGCGGUACUGCAUGGGCAACUAUAUCUGGAAGAUCGACAACUUCAGCGCGAGGCUCGAACAGAUGCUCAAGAACCACAACAGUAUGCUCUACAGCCCGGCGUUCUACACCACUCCUAACGGUUACAGGUUCUGCGUCCGCCUCAACAUCUCCCCCCAGAACCCGCUCUGCUUCGCCCUGCACGUGCACAUGAUGAAGUCAGAAUUCGACGACUGCUUGGACUGGCCCUUCAACGGCCGGAUAUCCUUCACUAUGGUCAACCAAUACGACCCGGACAAAACACAGAAAGACACUAUGAUGUCCAAUUCCUCAUUGAUAGCGUUCCAGAAGCCUGCCACGGAUAUAUGUCGAAGAGGUUUUGGGUUUACGGAGUACGCGGCGGUGAAGGAUGUGUUAGCCAAUGGAUUUGUGAGAGAUGAUGUGCUGAUUAUAAGGGUUCAGAUACGUUGCGUAUGACACGAGGAAACUUGUACAUAAGGUAUAUAUUGUGUACAGGGUUACUUGUAAAACAACCUGGGAGGAGUAGUUAAUGCCUUAAACAACGUGAGUUUUGAACAUACAUAGGAUAAAUAGUACAUUGUUCACCGAUAAAUGAAAGUCACAGAUUUGAGGGUGUGUGUUGAGAUCCGAGACGUUAGUCGAGGGUCGCAAACACACGAGUUGUGAAUCGUACUUUCUUUCGUGUGAUACGUGGUGCUUUAUACGACACCUGCCUACGACGAUAAUAAAAUACAAUUUCUAAUGCAUAAAUAAUUACAACAGCGUCCAUCAAUAACUCACAUUCGCAAUAUUCGUUUUUUUUAAUACAAUCAUAUUUUAUGCGAAUCUGCAUUAUAAAUACUUCUUUUAAAAGAAUAAUACAUAUUACUGUCAAUGCAUGCACACGCAUACGUACUUUCACGAGUUACAGAGUAACAGUGUCGUGUAAAAAUAUUUUUCAAGUAUUUUUCUCGAUCUAUGAUCUUAUAUCGACUAUGUUUUGUAUAUGCGUUCGCACUCGAUGCGCUUCAAGUUCUAAAUAGUGCUGGUUUCUGAUGUUUUACAAGUAACCCUAUAUAUCAUUUGCCGGUUACACACUAUCGCCGUACUCGGGACAGAUGCCGAUGCGAAUUAAUGAACAUUGCGUAGUUUGUAUGAGAGCUUUUAAUUACCGCAAUGAACAAGCAAUGAAUGCCGAAUCCGCCAGAAUUUGGCGAACAUUUUGCCGUUAGUGUAUAGCCGGCAUUAUGUAUUUAUGUAAAUUUUGACAUUAUUAUCGACAUUGUAGUUAAUAAUGAAUCCUUAUACACCCAUACAGGCACUCCUGUAUGGGUGUGUAUAAGUUUUAUCCACCAAACAAAUGAAAGUGUCUGUAUGUCGCUGAACGGAUGAUCUUUUCAAUCUUUAGAACGUAUAAAAUCGUUAGCUCAAGGUUAAGAUUUUUAGUUAGUUAAUUUUUUAUCUAUUUGUGUUUAAAUGUACUUGUGGCAUUUCAAAUGUAGAUAUGUAACUGUGUCCGUCCUUAGGUUUUAAAAGUAGAUGUAUAUGUUUGAUAGAAUACAAAUGAGACUUCUACAUUCCCCAGUGCAGUAUUUAAGUAAUCUCAUAUUUAUAGGCUUGAUCUGAUAGUAGUAGAAAUAAGAUUUUGUCCAUUUGCAAUAAUUCGUAAACUGUAAGAACAUAGACAUAAGGUGCUAUUUUUUAAUUAGUUUGUACUUGUUUUCAUAUUAUAUUUGUAAAUGUUAUUUAUUUUUGUUAAUUGCUUUUAUUGUAAUGUACAUUGCAUGAAAAUAAUUAUAUUUCUACACGAAAUUCAACUGUUUUAUUCUGUGAGAAUAAAUAAAACAAAAUUAUAUUGAGAAUUCACAAUAUAUUGGUAAUGCAUUUCUUAAAAAAUAACAUAGACUGACUUAGGAGCUAGACGUCUUAAUAAAAUAUAGGAAUUUAGCUUACACAUGUAUAAAUAUUCUAAGGCUAGCGAUUACCUUCCGUAUCACAUCCAACCAUCACAUACAUCGUCUCGCGCCGUCGAACACGACUACGAGCUAUGGCCGAGGGCGCAGGCCCACACAUUCUUUCAUCACCAAUCACCUUAUUGACACGAUAAGCAAUUGUAAUUAUUGAAAACCAUUUUACAGUAGGUUUCAUAGCGACACGUUGGAAAAUAAAUACACAAUAAAUGAGAAAAAAUUAACUUUCUUUGUUUAGAAGGGAAGUACAAGCGGGCGAUGCCGCUGGCAAAAGCUAGUUGAAAUAUAAAAUAGGUGGAACAAAAUGUUAUUUUACUUUAUCAAACGUCCUUGCUAUCACAAACAACGUAGUAGGUACGUUGCGAGCCUGUUGUAACAUCGAUUCGUGUGGCUCUAAGAUUAUGUCAGUGUAUAAUCCCAUAUGAGGGUUGCAAAAUGUAUAAAUAUUUACCGUGUCAAUAGGCUUGUAAUAAUAUUACAACUUCUGUCAAAUUAUAUUUUUGGUUACACAACACUCAAUAAGUAACAUGAAACGAGAAUCUUAAUCCUUCGUAAUGAGUGUAAACUAUUUAUUUUAUAAGAUCACUAAAGAAAAUAACGUUCAAAAAUAACAACUAGUUGUGAUGAUGAUUUAUGAUAGUAAGAAAUUAUUUCCUAAUCAUGACUAAUUUAUAAAAGGAGUGUGGAUUAAUAUAAAACCAAAAACUAACAACCAGUAACAGUGAAAGCUAACAACAUUAAUGGUAUUUUGGACAUUGCAUUACUUUCGUAAUGAUUAUUUGAGUGGGUUGCAACAAUCAAAUUUGGCGUUAACUUUAACCUGCGCAGAAAAACCGCGCCAUUUUAAAAGUUUAAAGUUAACUUCGAAGACUGGUGCAACGGGCGCAACUCAUUCUUAGUAUGCAAUUCGAACUGCAGCGAAUCAAUCACAACAACAUGCAUUGAGACAUGACAUUACAACGUUGCAAUGUGACUAAAAGAAUUGAAAAUUUGUUCUAUGUUUACAGCGGGUUUAAUAACUUUAAGGACCUGUUUCACUGCUUGCUGUUAAAAUAUCUGAUAGUCUAUGUAACAUAUCGAAAGGAUAGCGUAAAAAUGGUUUUUCACAUGAGUUAAGAGACUGACAAAUAACUUCAGGCAGAUUCAUCUAAUUCUAUUUAUCUGUGAGAUAAAAAUUUGUCAUUUAAUCAAAUUGUAAUGAAAAAGGACCCAAGUCGUAUGGGACUUGAGGCAGCCUUGGUUGCAUUAGUUGCCUCGCGUUAAGGCGCAUGCGCAUCAGGGGCAAAUGAAGUGACACUGUAACGUUGUGUUGAGACUGCCUCUAGUCGGGCUUUACACAUUAUUUGGUAGUUAUUAUUUAGGUCUAGAGAUCAUAUAACUGAGUUCAUACUCCUUUUUAUCAAACAAACGUUUGCUACGUACCUGAAUUCAAACAAACUAAUCUAGCCUAAAAUCAGCCUGAAACUAACGAAGAACAUUGAUAUAUGAAACAUUAAAUAUAUAUGAACUGGUUAUUUCUAAAGCAAAAUAACGAAAUUCAGCUAAGUAAAUAAUAUUGUAUGAAAUAGCUUAUUUAUAACAAUGAAAUAUUUAUCAGUAUAAUAAAAUUUUAGCUAUAAAAGUACACACGAUUUACAUAAAAAUAAAUUAAAGUUGAUGUAGCAAAAUGCGAUUCAAAAAUAUCCUUAGUAUAUAAUAAUCCAGGUCAUUAUAAUAUAAUCAUAGUAGUAAAUAUAGCGUCUAUAUUAGAAAAAAAAUAUAUAAAACCCGCUCAGCGAUUGCGUGCAUUUAAUGGGGCAUCAAAAAUAAUAGUAUUCCCAAUAUUCUUACCACAUCAAGAUAUCGAAAAAAAUAUUUUGAUUACUCAAUUUUCUGACUUGUCUCAAUAUAACACAAUAAAUAAUGAUAUUUAAUUUUAAAUGCGUCAUUGAUUACUUAACUAAAGAUUAGUAUUUCAAAAUGUCUCUAAUGUUAAAAAACAAUCUCUAUUCAAAAAAUACGAUAAUGCAAUUUAGAGAAUUACUUUGGCGAUGACCUUUUGGUCCUGAAUCGGUGGUUCAAAUUCCUCGAUGUCAAAAUAUUCAGUCUGCUUUUUGGGAGCUAUUUUGAUCACAUACUAUUUUUAUUCACAAUGUAUAUAAAAAUCUACGCCUUGCGAUGACUCCUUAUGCUUAGUUUUUUUAAGUUAAUUAUAUUUAUAGUAUAUUCAAUUUUAAAUGAUUGAGUAAGUACUAGAUUUGGACAAGUAUCUCGACAACUCGCCAUUAACUUGUAAAACGUUAUACUAUUUCGAAAACUAAAAUGAUGGUUCAUAAAUCGUAUAAAGUGUAGGUGAAUAUUUCGAAAGUAUUGAGACAGUAACACAAGACUUGUGAGAAAGUGCCUUGAUAAAAUUUAGCCGUUUUAAUAUUUCGUUCAGGCUCCUCAAACAUUAAAUUUAGGAAGACUGACGGAAGAGCAAUCCAAUUUAUUUGAUCCACCAUAAGAUGUAUUUUCAUGAAACUCUUUGUUUAAUGAAAUUGGAAUGUUUAGGAAUUGAUGAUAAAUAAUUAAGUAUACCAAUUGGUCAAUUAAAUAAAAUAAAUGAACAACACUACGGCCCACAGUGAGCACUAAGAUCGUGUCGUAGUUUCGAUGGCCACAAAUACUAUUUGCCCGCGUUGGAAUCGAACCCAGGAUCCGCGGCAGUAAGUUGUGUUGACCAUUAAUUACUACUAGCGGACAUAACUGUUACUAUCUUUCGUUCUUUUAAACCUACGCAAUGUUUUUAAUUUCUACUAAGUAUAUAUCACAGUUUUGGUAAACAAAUGCAUCAAACAGAAUUUGAAAACUGAUGAAAUUGGCCCUGGUUCAUAACUAUUCAUACUUAAAAAUAAGUAUUAUAAUUAGGACAGUCGGAAAAAUCAUAAAACAAAAACUUUGUUUGUGACAUGUUAACAAAAAAAACUCAUUUGGAAGUUACAUAUUUUGCACACAAAAAUGUGUUUUGUUAAUAUACAAACUUUUACGAAUUUAGAAGCCCCAAUUUUAGCAAUUAUCUCGUAUUUUAAUACUCCGAAAUAUUUUUAUUCGUACAAAAUUCUAAAAUCUACUUCUAUUUUAAUAUACAAUCGGAUGUGUGACAAGUUUAACUUACUGUUAUUGAAUAUCUAGUUGAUUAGAUUAAGAUCUUAAACUUCUAAAUGAGCAAUGGGCGUAUAAAAAGAUAGGCGGAAUACUAAAAAUGUAUAAUGUGUGCACUGAGCAAAAUAAGAGGAUACAGUGGAGAAAAAAAAAAGAAAAAGAAAAGAAAAAAAAAGAAAAAAGAAAGAAAAAAAAAGAAGAAAAA